UGGAGGGAUUUGAUUGAAUGGGCCUGUAGCUGACACUGACCUCCUAUACUAACAUACUAAAUCAUUUCCCCUUUAAAAUAUCACAAAAACAAAAAGUUGUAGUGUUUGGGGGAGGAAGCUGUAUUUUUAUUUUAUUAUGUUUUUUUCGGAAGGAGGAGUGCAGGGUUUAAAAAAAACUUCGAUCUGGAAUACAUCUAUUUUUCUUUUCACAUUUACACGCUAAAGAAAAAAAGACACAAGUGGGUUUGCGUCCUUUUUAAAGAGAUAUGUUGCCUGUGAACAGAGCUGUUUGUGGAAACGCGCAGGAACCUUCAGAGACUCUGACUGCAGGACGUAAGUAGCUCUCCAGGGUGCUAAAGUUGUCUCCACACCCCCAUCCAGGCGCUUUUCGUGACACUUUCAGCCCGUAAUCCCCACACGAUGACCGGGCUGUGUCUUCACCAGAGCGACACCGGGGCGAACAGGUAAAAUUUUCGGGGAUGGUCAGUUGGCGAGUGUGUGCGGAGACAGAAACAAAGAUAAAAGAAAAGAAAGAACGCAGAUCCGAGUGGGUAUCUGUAAGGUUGUCUCAUCGGACCCUGCAGUUGUCCUGAUGCAGACAUGUGGUGAGUACUCCAGUUGUGCUUAAACAUCUGAACGUUCAAAUAAUACUGGGCAAAAUGGGGACUUGUGUCUGUAUCCCGGUUUGCAGGUGUCAGUGAUGUGACUGGUAACUGAUAGUGAACGCAAGGCUUCACUAUCGUGGCCACCGUGGGAGGACAAUGCAACAUUUUGCUCCAAAUUUCAGAUGGCCGCUGUGGGAGUCCAACCAUCCGUGUGUGCCCGUAAUUAAAAACAGACACACCUUACCGGCUCUGCCCUUUUAUAACUUUCUGUUAUGGGUCCUUCUGGGAGUGCUGACGUUCCCUUGCUGCGUCCGCUGUUUGAUAUUCAAAGUGGGGGUCCUGGGGCCCUGGAACUGCGACCCUGUCUUUUACAAGGCCCUGCCUGCUGCGGCGGCCAGGCUCGCCGUGAGCAGGAUAAACGGGGACGCCGCUCUAGAUCUGGGCUUGAAAAUGGACUUCAUCAUCCUCCAGGAGCCGUGCGAAACCUCCAAAGCGCUCACGGCAUAUAUUUACUACGAGGGCAUAGCAGACGGACUCGUUGGCCCCACCAAUCCCGGAUACUGUGUCGCAGCGUCUCUGCUCGCCAGGAACUGGGACAAGGCUCUCUUCUCAUAUGGUUGUGUCGCCUAUGAGCUGGAGAGCGCCACAGCAUACCCAACUUUUAGCAGGACAGUGCCGUUUCCCACCGACGUGCUGUUCGUAGUGUUGAAACACUUCAGGUGGGCCAGCGUCCUGGUGGUGUCAUCCAAUGAGGACAUCUGGAUAGACACGGCUGUGCGGGUUGCUUCUGCUCUAAGGAGCAAGGGGCUUCCCGUUAGACUCGUCGGACCUAUGGGCAUGAAUGAGACGGAGGUGGAGAGCACGAUGAAGAAGAUCCGGGACGCAGGAGGUGUCAGGGUCAUCGUUAUGUGCAUGCACUCAGUCUUGGUUGGAGGUGAGCAGCAGGCUACUUUCCUCCUCAAGGCACGCAAGAUGGGUCUGACUUCAGGGAAGUAUGUGUUUGUGCCCUACGACGCUCUGCUCUACAGCGUGCCCUACACGAACGUCUCCCACCUGCCUCUACAAAACAGCAGCAGCCUGAGAGAGGCCUACGAUGCUGUGCUCACUAUCACAAUGGCCUCUGAGCCACUGUCCUUCAAUGAGGCAUUUGCUGCGGCCAAGUGGAGCAAGGAAGUGACGCUGCCUGUGGAGCCAGAGCAGGUUCACCCACUGUUUGGGACCAUCUAUAACAGCAUCUACCUGCUGGCCAAGUCCAUCCAUAAUGCCAGGAAAGCAGGCAUGCAGCUGUCAGGGUCAAACUUAGCCUACUUCAAGCGGAACAUCACUUUUAAUGGCUUCAACCAGGAGGUCAAAGUGGACACCUCAGGGAGUGUUAAGACCAACUACGUUGUCCUGGACUCUGACAACAGGGGCAGCAAGCUGUACCAGACCUAUGUAGUGGACAUGACAUCAGGGGCACUCCGUUUUGCGGGGAGGUCCAUAAAUUUCCCCGGAGGGUCCCCUCCUCCCUCUGACUCCAGCUGCUGGUUUGACCAGGGCGCCAUCUGCACAGGAGGUGUGGAGGUCACCUACAUCAUAAUAGCGUUAGCAGUCAUCUUCUCCCUGGCUGUUGCAGGGCUCACAGUAAUUCUCUAUAUCAGGCGGAGACUUCAUCAGAUCCAGCUGGUCAGAGGUCCCAAUCGGAUCCUCCUGACCUUAGAGGAUCUCACUUUUAUCAACCCUCAGCUUAGCAAAAAGAAAAUCACUUUAGAAGAUCUGAGCGAGUCCAGGAGCGCUCUGGAGGAGAAAUCUGCAGACCCCUCACACUCUGUGAAUAGCAUGCAAACAGAAACUCAUGAGACCACUAAUGUAGCUGUGUACGAGGGCGACUGGGUUUGGCUGAAGAAAUUCGAAGAGGGCCACUUCAAGGAAGUAAAACAAAGCACCUCCAGGAUUUUCAUGAAGAUGAAGGACCUGAGAAACGAGAAUGUAAAUCCGUUCCUGGGCUUCUUUCUGGACUGCUCCAUGUUUGCGAUAGUGACGGAGCACUGCUCGAGGGGCAGUCUGCAGGACCUGCUGAGGAACGAGGACGUUAAACUAGACUGGAUGUUCAAGUCCUCCCUCAUGCUCGAUCUCAUCAAGGGUAUGAAAUAUCUUCACCACAGGGACUUCCCCCACGGCAGGCUAAAAUCUCGAAAUUGUGUGGUAGAUGGCCGUUUUGUCCUCAAGAUUACUGACCAUGGCUUCAAUGAGCUGCUGGAGUCUCAGAAAGCUCCUUUAGAAGAGCCCCCACCUGAAGAUCUGUUUUGGACAGCACCAGAGAUUCUACGCGACCUUGCAAAUUCUCGCAAAGGGACAUUUAAGGGUGACGUGUACGGUUUUUCUAUCAUCCUUCAAGAGGUGGUGGUGAGAGGGCCACCGUACUGUAUGCUGGGACUGCCACCUGAAGAGAUUAUCCGUAAGGUGAAAAAGCCUCCUCCCAUGUGCCGUCCUACUGUGGCUCCAGACCAGGCUCCGCUUGAAUGCAUCCAGCUGAUGAAGCAGUGCUGGAGCGAACAGCCCGACCGCAGACCGACCUUUGAUGAGAUCUUUGACCGGUUCAAGCUAAUCAACAAAGGUAAGAAGACUAAUAUCAUUGACUCCAUGCUGAGGAUGCUGGAGCAGUACAGCUCCAACCUCGAGGAUCUCAUCAGGGAGAGAACAGAGGAGCUGGAGGUGGAAAAGCAGAGAACGGAGAAGCUGCUGUCUGAGAUGCUUCCACCUUCUGUGGCAGAGGCCCUGAAAACCGGUGCCACAGUGGAGCCAGAGUUCUUUGAUCAGGUGACAAUCUACUUCAGCGACAUUGUGGGUUUCACCACCAUCUCCUCGCUCAGUGAUCCCAUUGAGGUGGUCGACCUCCUCAAUGACCUCUACACACUAUUCGAUGCUGUGCUCUCUAACCACGAUGUCUAUAAGGUGGAGACCAUCGGUGAUGCUUACAUGGUAGCAUCAGGCCUGCCUAAGAGAAACGGCAACAAGCAUGCUGCUGAGAUCGCCAACAUGUCUUUGAACAUCCUCAGCUCAGUGGGAACCUUCCAUAUGCGACACAUGCCGGACGUGCCCGUCAGGAUACGAAUAGGAAUCCACUCAGGGCCCUGCGUUGCAGGCGUGGUGGGUCUGACUAUGCCUCGGUAUUGCCUUUUCGGAGACACCGUGAACACUGCCUCUCGUAUGGAAUCCACUGGCCUGCCUUAUAGAAUCCAUGUAAAUAUGAGCACAGUGAAGAUCCUCCGCUCUCUUAACGAGGGUUAUAAAAUAGAAGUCCGAGGAAAGACCGAGCUAAAGGGUAAAGGUAUUGAGGAGACAUACUGGCUUGUGGGGAAAACCAACUUUACAAAGCCUUUGCCAAAACCACCAGAGAUUAAACCAGGGGACAACUGGCAAGAGAUGGUGACAGAGGAGAUCAAGACUCAUUUCCGCAAGGCCAACAGGCAGGUGGACAAAAAGUUGUGAAGGCGAGGAAGAGAAGAAAUGUGGAGCAAGCAAAACUAGAGGAGAGGAGAGGAGAAAGCAUCAGGAGUAAGCAUCCAUCCAGAUAGAGACAAAGAGCUGGGAGGGGCACACAGAGGACAGAGAGCACCACCCAGCUUCUCACUGUGGCUUAAUGCAGACUUCUUUAAGAGGAUUGUCCAUCGACCGGCUAAUCUGCCUGCAGCCAGCGCAGCAGAACACGAUGGUGCUAAUGUAAUGAGAGUUACCUGCCUACGUACCUGCUGCCAGAAUCACAGGGAAGGUGCACCACUCCUUCAUGAUGGAUGCACUUGCUCGCUCCUCUCUGCACUCACCGGCCACUGCGUGGUCACCUAUUACAGGGCAAUCAGACGCUCACUUGCUGGAAGAUUUGAGUGCCCCAAACGCCUAUUUCAAAAUGAAAUGUUAUCUUUUUUUCUGAUGAUUUUAACUGUUUUUAGUUUGUUAUAAAGCUCAUAAUAUAGUUGUCGAGACUGUUACUUAGCUGUGGCUGAAUCCAAAGUUUGAGGCAAAAGCAGCUACUGUAUGAAAAUAUCAAGAUGAGAGGGAAAAAAAGAAAGGGGUCGAUCAGUUUUUUUCUACUGUCUUGAAGCACAUGACGAAGUACAUUUAAGCCCAUGCCUACAUUUUUUUUUCUUGAAAUAUUUAACAAGUAUAAAUAAGGAAAAGUAUGACUCAUUUUUAUUUCUGUCAUGAGGAGGAAAAUGGCCACUUCCUUUAGUGAAACAUGUCACUGUUUCUAAUGUGCUCAGUGUCAUUGUAAUAUCUAUUAUCAGCACUCAAAACUCUAAAUACAUGAAUCCACCUUAAUGUUCUGUUUCUGAUGAGGUGCUCAGUAAGACGAUACAAAUAAGAUACAUGUUAAAAAUCAAUGACAGACCCAGUGAAAAAUACCUCAAUGAAGGGGGAAAAAUAUUAUUAUUACACUAGAUUAAGAUCUCAGACAUUUUAAACCUCUAAAGCCUGAAUAAUGAAAAAAAUCAAUAAAUAAAACUGGAGAGAUUAUUGAACGUUCUGACGAAUUAAAAGAAGACAUUGAAUAUCAGUUUGUAUAUACGAGUUUUAAUUUGUAAUAUUUUUAAUACAUAUAGCGUUUUUGUGAAACAUAUUGCUCACAUGCGCACUGUAUGCGUGUCGACUGUAUAUACAUCAGGCUUUACAGGGGGGAAAAAAAUCACACUGAUGACGUAGAGGUCUCAAAAACUCGUAUAUGAAAUGUUCAAAACUUUCUUUUAAUGUUUUGUUAUGAAAACACGGUAUGUUUUUAUUCACAUCAACCAAAAUUCCAACCAAACUGUUAUUAUUAUUUAAUUAUUAUUAACACACAUGAAUUUGUAAUCGUGUGUCAAGUGUCACAUGGUUUCCUUAAAAGAUAAUGGUCCCACGUGUAUAACUUACACAUAUAUAUCCAGGAUAGUAAGGAGUAACAGAUGAGCAGCACCACCUUCUGGUUCAAAUUAAAAAUUAGCAAGUAAGUAAAAUUUUUAUCUAAAUAUAUAUAUAUAUAUAUAGUGCUUGUCACAGACAUAAGAGCCAGAAAGCCCUGUACAAGAAUUAAAACACAAAAUUUGCACAAAAAAAUUUGGGAAUGAGCCCUGAGCAGAUUUGGGGGGAGGGGGGGUUGUUUGUUUCCUUUUUUAACCUCUUAUUUACUUCUUUUUAGAUUAAAAAAACGCAAUACAACAAUGCAAGAAAUGUCCCUGUGUACUGUAGUUUAAUUGCGGAUUGCAUAAAAGUAUAAGGGAAAACCUUUAAAAAGUAAAAAACUGAAAUAGAUACAAAAUGUUGUCAUUUAGUAGAAACGUACCUAUUUUUGAUGAAUGUUUUUGGACUCAGCCCUGAGUAUGAAGUGAUUUUAUAUUCACCUGCUGAACAAUGAAACACAUUUUAGCCGAUUAUGAAUUUUGCAAAUUCUCCCAUUGAUCACGUCAUGUUAUUUUUAAAAAUAGAAGAAGCAUUAUUCAUGCUCAGUAUACAAAUCAACAGCUAAGUCAGUCAGCAAUAUGUAUAUUGUAUAACUUAUAUGUUUAUUUGUCUUGUAUAUUAUGUAACUGCAAUGCAAUGUGUAAGAUCUGUGUAAAUAUAAAGUAACUAAAUCACUCAUUUGUAACACCUUAAAA